AUGCUCACAACAGGGAGCAGUGGUCACUGCCCAGGCAGCAGUGCAUCUUCUCCGUGUGCAAAGGAAACCCGCUGCCAGCGGUACCUCACUUUCUGGGGCGCCACAUGCGUGUCCCGAGACCGCCACCAAUGUGCUCGGCCUCUGCAGGAGACCUCUGACCGGGACAGCGAUGGGCGCGCUGCCAACCUGGACAAGGACCGGGACUUCCUGUGCAUUGUCACCAAUGCGGCCUUGCCAUGAGGCAAACCAAACGUCAACUGUACCUGGUUCGCCGCCCUGCACGCCCGAUACGCUGAGCGGAGCUUACCGAUCCUGGCCUCCCCUCCCCACCUUGGGAGGCAGGAUCUGGGGAGUAAAGCGGAGAUCCAGGAGCUCCCCGCUGGUUCUCGGCGUAGCAAGAGCUGUGUGAAUGGGGACGGUGCCCACCCGCUGUGGGAUUGGAUGAAAGUCCAGCCCAAGGGGAGGGACAUCCUGGGAAAUGCCAUCACUUGGAACUUCACCACGUUCCUGAGUGACAAAAAGGGCUGUGCGGUGAAGAGGUCUGGUCCCUUGGAAGAGCCCCUGGAAAUAGAGAAAGGCUUGCCCUGCCCCCUCUAGCUCCUCAAGGGUGCGCCCCGCCCGGAAGGGGUCGCUGCUGUCCUCCACUCGCACGAGUAACCGUGUGGUAGAGAAAAGCUGAUGUCCCUGUUCUACAAUGUAUUGGAUGUCCUCUCUGGCCCUCCAGAUUCACUGUCUACGCUUCUCUGCCCUGCUUAGUCUUCAGGCUGGGUUGUCCUGUGGAAGACACUGGCAAGAGAUCAGAAGGAACGACCAGUGCUGCUGGACACCCCCCACUCCCGCCUCGUCUCCCAGCUUCCCGGAGCCCCGGGGCGGCCCCGCGCCUCGUCCCCGUCCCCGCGGAGGGGGAUCGGCGACCCGGCGCGGCCCUCUUCGGCCUGCCCUGCACAUCGUCUCCGCGGCGGGGACAGAGACCCUCCGGUGGCCGCUCCUCGGCCGCGACCACAGGCGGAACCUAAGGCGGCUCCUUGCGGCCACCGUGCCGGUUCCCUCCCACUGCUAACUGUCGCCGGUCGGCUUCCCGCCACGUCCACACGGGAAUGAAGGAUCUAGCGUGGCGGGAAGCACGCCAUGGCUUUCCCCCCGUCUCUACGGAGGCAGACACAAAAAGGCCGGGCUUACCAAGUCUGCGCGGAGCGGUCAGGGCGCUGUGGCGGGGCGGCGGCGCUCGGGGCUCCGGGACACCGUGAGCUCCGGGACACUGUGAGCUCCCGCC